AUGUCACGUAGAAAUCAUACAUUAAUUAAUCAUAAAAUUUAUCCAUUACAUGAUCGUCAAUCAAAUGCAUAUAAUCAAUUAGUAUUAAAUAGUCGAGAAGAAUUUAUUUCAACUGGUUGUUUAUAUCUUCCUAAUUUUUUAACAACAGUAACUCUAUCAACAAUUCUUAAUGAAAUUAAUUUUAUAUUAAAUAAUUCCAAUGAAAAUUUAUUUCAUUCUUAUGUUCAACAUACAGAAAAUCUUUAUAAUACUUCAAAAGAUUUUAAUGAAAUUGAAUCAAGUAGUAAAACAAUUAUUGCUUUUGAUCAAAUUUCAAAUGAAUCUCUUCUUCGUAAAAUUUAUUCGUGGAAUUCAUUAAUUGAUUUUCUAACAGAUACAAUUCAAAUUUAUCCUCGUCUUUAUUCAAGUUGUGAUAAAUUAGGUGCUUUAUAUGUCAAUAUAUAUCGUCAAUCAAAUAAACUUAGUUGGCAUACUGAUCAUUCACAUUUUUUUGUUAAUCUUCUUUUACAACAAGCUUCAAAUUCAGAUGACGGAAUUUUUCAAUAUAAAAAAGAUAAAAAAUUAAUUAGUCGGAAAGAUUUUCAAGCUGGUGGUCUUGUUCUUUUUAAUGGUCGAACAUAUCCUCAUCGUGUAACUGAAAUUCAUGCGUCAAAAUUACCUCGAAUUAAUGCAAUUCUUACUUAUGAUUGUCAACCGCAACAUCAAUUAAAUAAUUAUGUUUUACAAAAAUUUUUUGGACGUACAACGUAA